AGCAAGUUACGCAGUAGCAGCUCGUCGUAUAAAACAUCGGAGCAGUGCCACAGAAAGCGUCCCGUCCUCAAAUAAAAUCAUUCUUGCCCUUCGACUUCAAUAGGCGGCGCUCAGUAAAAUCACAGCGUUACACGGAUGUUACCGCUAAACGGUUUAUUCUUUGUCAGCGACCACAUUGUUCGUUUUCGGCCGAGGUAGCCUGCUAGCAUUAGCCGCUCCUGAUGGCAGAGAGCCGCUCGAUUAAAGAAGCCUAGACUCUGCAUGGCGACGAGGGAUCAACAGCAGUGGGAGUGAACAGCCAACAGCCAGAGGUCCGCGCAGCAACAUGGCGUCCCAUCAGAGAAACUCUGUCCGGAUUCUGUCCAGCCGGGAGCGAGGAUCCCAGACAUUCGGCUCACAGAGGCUCCUGCAGCUGCUGGUGGAGGAGAAGGUCCGCUGGAUGAAAUGGCAGAGUCAGAAAGUUGAUCUGCCGGACAGCCCUCGGUCAACCUUCCUGCUGGCCUUCAGCCCUGACAGGACCUUGAUGGCAUCCACACACGUCAACCACAACAUUUACAUAACAGAGGUGAAGACUGGAAAGUGCCUACAUUCCUUGGUGGGCCACCGGAGAACCCCUUGGUGCGUGACCUUUCAUCCUACCAUUCCUGGCUUGGUGGCCUCUGGGUGCCUUGAUGGCGAAGUCCGUAUCUGGGACCUGCACGGUGGCAGUGAGAGUUGGUUUACAGAGAGCAAUGUGGCCAUUGCUUCCCUGGCCUUCCAUCCAACUGCUCAGCUUCUCCUGAUCGCCACCAACAACGAGCUGCACUUCUGGGACUGGAGCCGACCGGAGCCCUUUGCCGUGGUCAAAACGGGCAGCGACACAGAGCGAGUGCGGUUGGUGAGAUUUGACCCUCUGGGUCACAACCUGCUGACAGCGAUAGUGAAUCCAUCCAAUCAGCAGAAUGAGGAGGACACUGAAGUUCCUAUGGACAGCGUUGAGAUGCCUCACUUCCGUCAGCGCUCAUUCCUGCCCUCUCAGCCCGUGCGCCGCACCCCUAUCCUCCACAACUUCCUCCACAUCUUGUCAUCUCGCUCCCCAGGUGCUCAGCCGGGAGGUGAGCAGGCAAGGCCUCUUAGUGAAAAUGCAAACAAUAUUGGAGACUCUCCCAGCAUGCCUCGGGCCCAGUACCCCAGCUCUGAACACGGACCCCCUUUUCCCGGUUGCACCCACCACCUUGGCAUGGUUUGCCUUUGCAGUCGCUGCUCCGUCAGUCGUAACCCUUCCCUGACUACAGAUAGUCCCUCUGUGACUCUGGCCGAUACCAGGGUGUCGUCCGACACUUCCACUCUUUCCACAGCCUCCACCUUUUCUUCAGCACGUACAGAGCCAAGGCAGCCCUCGGAGAGACCCUCAGCCUUCACCUCCGUUUACUACAGCGCCAGCACUUCUCUUAAUCCCAUUAUCCCCAGUAGAAUAGAGCCACACUCCACCUCAAGGCUAGGACCUGACUGGACUCGUAACCUGCUCAGCAUGAGAGAAGGUGGGGUCGGUCCAGGCAUGCUGCCUCCCCGGACAUCCUCCUCUUCCUCAGUCAGCCUUCUUUCAGUGCUCCGUCAGCAGGACGGCUCGUCUCACUCCCCUGUUUACACCUCUGCCACUGAAGGACGAGGUUUCCCCCAGCAGGGAGACUCUGGGUCCCGAGAUGCUGCAGGAACGAGCAGCGGCCACCACCCGUUCUGGGACGGCUCUCGCAGCAACACGGCCUCCUUCCGCAACGUUCUGCAGUGUAACCUGAGUCGCUACUUCCUGGAGAUCGACCGCAUUGACAUUGACCCAUCAUUAGGUGUCAACAUACCAGAUGGAAACCAGGAGCCAAGCCAAGAGCUGCUGAAUAACAACAUGGACCCAGACAGACCAGGACCAUCUUCAUCUUCCUCUACUACUUCCCCUACCAUCAUCCACUAUCAGCCGCCUCUCCCUCCGCCCCCUGCCUUCCACAACUUGGAGAACAAUGUUCCUCCUCCAGCAUCUCGAGGCCACUUGAACCGCUGCCGGGCGUGCCACAACCUGCUGACCUUCAACCACGACUCCCAGCGCUGGGAGCGCACGAACCAGACCUCCUCCACCUCUGCCUCCACGCCGGAGGCCUCCUCUUCUUCUUUCUCCUUCCCUUCAUCUUCAUCUCAACCUCCCUGGCAGCCCGAGGAAAGUAGGAGGACACUAGAAGUUCAAACACAAGAGAGGAGGGUCCCUCCCGAGCCCAGCGAGCAGCCGCCUCCCCCUCCGGGUGGAGCGGCAGGAACAGUGGCCUUCCCCAUAGCUUCACCCCCCAGCCAGCCCGGGGAGCAGACGGUGGGCUUGGUGUACAACCAAGACACGGCACAGUGGGAGCGAGUGUACCGGCAGGCCACCACUAGCAGACCGGCAGAUCCACCAGAGGCCUUAAGCCAAGAAAUGCCUGUUGACCCCCCAGACGAGGAUUCUCUAAGGAGGAGACUGUUGGAAUCAUCUCUGUUAUCAUUGUCACGCUAUGACAUGUCAGGAUCUAGAGAGCACCCAAUUUACCCUGACCCAGCCAGACUUUCUCCAGCAGCAUACUAUGCUCAGAGGAUGAUCCAGUAUUUGUCCAGACGGGACAGCAUUCGUCAGCGUUCACUGCGUUACCAACAGAACCGCUUGAGGGCCAUGUCUACUUCCUCCGACAGCCCGACCAGCAACCCAGCCAGCUCCAUGGACAACAGUGAUGUGGACUUUGAGGAGCUCGAUGAUAAUGGAGACAGAGCGAGACACAGGACACCCCGAAAUGCCAGGAUGUCUGCACCCUCGCUGGGUCGUUUUGUCCCUCGGCGUUUCCUGCUGCCAGAGUACCUCCCCUACGCUGGAAUCUUCCACGAACGAGGGCAGCCUGGUUUGGCCACACAUUCCUCUGUCAACAGAGUGCUAGCUGGAGCAUCCAUCGGAGACGGCCAGUCUGCAGUUGCCAGCAACAUCGCCAACACGACGUACCGUUUGCAGUGGUGGGACUUCACCAAGUUCGACCUGCCUGAGAUCAGCAACGCGUCGGUCAAUGUUCUGGUGCCAAACUGUAAAAUCUACAACGACGCAAGCUGUGACAUCUCUGCAGACGGUCAGCUGCUGGCAGUUUUUAUUCCCAGCAGUCAGCGGGGUUUUCCAGAUGAGGGCAUUCUGGCUAUUUACUCUCUAGCUUCACACAACUUGGGAGAGAUGCUCUACACCAAACGAUUCGGUCCUAAUGCCAUCUCUGUCAGCUUGUCUCCGAUGGGCUGCUACGUCAUGGUGGGCCUGGCCUCUCGCAGGAUCCUGCUGCAUCCCACAACUGACCACAUGGUGGCGCAAGUCUUCCGUCUGCAGCAGCCACAUGGAGGAGAGACUUCCAUCAGGAUGGUGUUCAAUGUUGUUUACCCCAUGGCUCCGGACCAGAGGCGCCAUGUCAGCAUCAACUCGGCCCGCUGGCUGCCAGAUCCUGGGAUGGGUCUGGCAUACGGGACAAACAAGGGAGACCUGGUCAUCUGCCGACCUGUGUUCUAUAGGAGUGAAGGCGAGAGUCCCGGGGAGUCGAGCAGCGAAACAUUGUUUUCUGUUAAUAACAGUGGAAGCAGCCGGGCUCGAGGUUCUGAGAGACCAGGACCAAAUCGCUCUGGCUGGAGACUGGACAGAGACAUGGGAUUGAUGAACGCGAUUGGUUUACAGCCCCGAAAUCCCACCCCUUCUGUGACAUCACAAGGAACCCAGACGCCAAUUGUCCAGCUCCAGAACGCUGAGACUCAGACAGAGAGAGACCUAUCAGAGCCAAGUGUCUCCCAGCCGCCACUGACUGUGAAUCCCGAGACUCCUUCCACGAGUCGAGCAGCUCAGGCGCCGCCGGAGGCGUCUGAGGGCGGCAGAGUUCAGGACCUGGUCCUGACAGACGCUUCCACGGAGGUUAACACUGUUGCAGCAGCUUCCGCAGGUCAAGCGGAGUCUGCGGAUUUCGGAUCUGGCGAAGACGCCCUGGCUCGGAUCCGCCGGCUGAUUGCCGAGGGCGGCAUGACGGCGGUGGUGCAGCGGGAGCAGAGCACCACCAUGGCCUCCAUGGGCGGCUUCGGGAACAACAUCAUCGUCAGCCACCGCAUCCACCGCGGCUCCCAGACGGGCGCCGGGGCCUCCAGGCCCCCCUUGGACCCCAACUCACAACCCCUCCUCAUGACCCAGCCCUUCCCCCACCAACCCCCCGAGGCUGCCGGCUCCUCGGAGCAGCUCGCCCCCAUGUGGGGCCCCCAGGUGCUGUCCGGCCCCCGGCCCUCCGGCCUCUCGGUGGCCGUGGACAUGGACGACGUGUUUGACGGGGGGCGAGCAGAAGACGACUCCCUGCCGGGCCCCUCCUCCUCCCUGCUGUUGUCUUCCCCCUCUUCUUCCUCCUCGUCCUCUCACAGCCCCCUCCCCGGCAGCGGAGGCGGCUCAAACAAUUACCCCGGCGACCCGUACAGCAGGUAGUUCGCCUUUGGGCCCAGAGAGGCGGAGUGUUGGGCUGAUGGGUGUGUUACAGGGCGUUCCUCGAAGCCUUAUCUCUCACAGAAAAGGGUGCUGCUUUGACUCCGCACAGGGUCUCCUGUUUGGAAAAGAAGGGACACAACCCCCCUCCGUAUCCUUCAACCCUACAAGGCAUCGCUCUUCCUCCUCUUCCUCUGCACUUAGAAACUGGGCUGAAGCCAAACCAUGAUCAUUCCUCAUCAGAAAGGGCUUCUUCUUGAACGGAGCAGCUUUUUGGCCAAUGCGCUUUAAGGAUCCGCUUGAUGGAAGACUGAGGGGGGGGAGAGGAGGAGCCGGAGGAGCUCGGGGUUUUAUUUUUCUCACAUACAUUUACUCCAACGUGCUGCACUUGGUGCCAUGUGAUGUUGACUUUGAUGUGAAGUAGUGCGUGAUUGAAGUGUUGAAAAAGUGAAUUGAGCACUACAUUGUUUUGAAGCUUGUAUUUGUACUGCGUGUAAUUCUGAAGUUUGGAACCAGGAGUGAUGUUGAGGCUACGUUUGGCAGCUGAGAGACGUCACUGUGUCCCGCGACGAGGACAUUAAUCACUGAGGACUGAAUGGACAGAUGAGACUGAACAAAUAGAAUCUACUGCAUGUCUUCUCAGCAUCGCUGCAGGCCACGAAACAAAUACCUUGAGGCUUUUUUUUGUUUUUUUUUGUUCCUUUUCAACAGCUGAAGAGGAGAGCAACCAUUUCCUGAAUGGGGAGAUUGGCUACAUCAUGAUCUGCUCCAGUCCCCUGUAAAAACCCACAGUUGCACUACAGUGUGUCUGGUGCUAAAUGCAGUCUGGGUAGAAGUGUGUGUGUUUGUUUGUGUGCGUGCGUGCGUGUGCGUGUGUGUGUGUUUGUCUCCUUCCUUCAGUCUUCAGACUGUUUUUAGGAAGGAGUUUCAUGUCAUCCAUCAUGUGUGACCAGAACUGUCAUUGAUGGCACCCAGACUGAGCUCCAGCUGACGGUUAUUUUCUUAGCUGUGCACAGUGUCUGAAUGCUCAACUUCCAUGUCCUGCAGACCCCACUGUCUCCAACAUUCAUCCACAAUUCACCUGCAGAAAUCCACUUUUAUCCCUUUUUAAAUCCAGGCUCUUGUUAGGGUUUGUGGGCGGUUCCUCUUCAGGACCUUCUAAGAACUGGUUUUCCCGCCGAGAGCCACAUCAUGAUGUAGUCAUUUUGUCUUCUUCACAGAUCCGGGUCGGGCUCACCAAGAAAAUAAUGGAGUUUUUUUUUUUCUGUUGGUUGAUCAAAACAUACAGGAGCUUGAUUUCCAGUGCACACAACGCUUUAGAGGGGUGCGUUUGACGUAAUUUUGGACUGAUUUCACCAGUCUGGUUAUGAACACCGUUGUGAACCACAGUUGAUGUUUGACCAUGUCUUUUGCAUCAUUAACCAGUGUUUGUAAAUGUAAACAGAGCUUUUUAAUACAGCUCUCUGUGGCUCACAAGGUGUUUACAAGCAGAUUUCUGACAAUAAGGACAAUUAACUAGUUAAAUAGUGAAACGAGAAAAACGCUGAUCACGAAUUCUUUCACUGCAGCUUCCACCUGAAGCUCAGGUCUGAACUGUUCGCUUGGUUUAAGUUCUUAUUCUGCUUGAAAAAGCUUUUCUCUCCCGUGUCACAGUAACUGGGUGUCUGUUCAUCCACCGUAUGCUGUUAACAGCCUCUCAAAGAAUCUUGCUGCUUUUAGUGUCACGCAUAGCAUCAUGGGAUUUAUAGGUCUCUGAUACUGGAGGAAAAACAAACAAGUUCUGAGAUAUUUUGUUCAAUGAGCAGAAAUAUUCACAUUUACACAGGCUGACCAGUGGAGUUUUGAAUUCUGCUCAGGAGGGAUUUAAAAUUGAUUUUACUUCAUUAAUUCAUUUAAAUCUUGGACGCACAGCAAACACCUGCUCAAAGUGUAGUCCUGACUUCAGUCUUUUCAGCUUUGCAGAGCAGAAACGGUUAGUCCAUUGACAUAUUUGAUGCUUUUAAUAUGCUAAUUCGGUGCUUUACCAUGUUAUGUAUUUAUUUUGUGUUGGUUGAUCAAAACAAACCAUCCAGGAACUUAUGGGGAAUAUUUUCAGAUUUUUUUUAUUAACCAAAUUAUGAUUCCUUUGACAGAAAAAAAAAAAAAAAAUCAGGGUAACUGAUGAUAGAAGUAUUAGUUCUUUGCAACCUUUUGUCAAAACCUGUCUGAGUAAAAGAAAAGAGAAUGGAAAAUAUUUUUUUUGAAGAGUGUUUCUGUGAAAGCAGCUCGUAGCGGGAAGGCUGUGUAAGUGAACAGUGAUGAGGGACGUGCUGGGGUUCUUCUCUUCCACUACUAAGCAGAGUGCCAAGCACCCUGGAGCUGUGCAGGGCUCCUUGAUCUCAGAUUUCAGUCACUUCUAAAUCAGAUUUAUAUGAAGAAGAAUGUUGUGAUUCUGCUCUUUGAUAUCAGCAUUAUUGAAAGUCCACAACGUAUGAGUAGAGGAACGCUGGUGUGUGCAUACGGAUUAUAGUAUGAACUGUCAGUGGGCCGUUUGAGCAUCAUUCAGGUCCUUCUGGUUGUGGUUCAUGCACUCAGCAGCUGAGGCGGCAGCUUCUCCAACUUUAACUCUACAGUCAUGACUCUUGCCUUUGUUCUUGUGUUCAUGUUCUGUACCCCCAAUGUAAAUUGCAUAUUCAAUGUUCUCAGUAGUUAAAGGACUCGGCCUGCACAUUAAAUUUGUUUUGUUUUUUUAAGGUCACGUGAUCAUCAUGAAUAAGCCGCACACCCUUUUUUAUGUAGCCUCUGUGAUCUGUAUGCAUGAACAAAGCUGAGCAUUAGGGUCUUGAUUGCCGCGGAAAAGGCCCCGUUUCCUUCAUCCGUUACUGUCGGCUCCGACCCCAACCAUCCUCCUGCACGAGGCUCGGCUGCAGCCGGACUCCUCGUCUCCUCGGCUUCACGGCUUCCAGAGUCUGGAGCUCAUUCACUCCUGCUCUGUGCCAGCUGUAGCAGAACCACCUCCCUAACCCUCGUCUCCCCAACAGACUUCAACACUUGAACUCUUUCUCCUCCAGCCGGCAAGUCUGUCGAGUAGCUUUGCUGCUGCUUUCUGGAUGGUUUUUUGUUGUUUUAUUUUCAUUAUGUGCACAGCUCUCACACACAGUGUAAAAGGUUUGUGUAUGUGUGUCUGUGUGUGGGGGUGGCGGGUGAAAACGGACCUAUUAACAUGAAGAGAACGAUAAGCAAGAGCCCUUGAUGGAGCGGCUCAUUUUUUAUUUAACAUUGAUUCUCUGCAGGUGAGGUCAGAUUCUUGUUUCCACAGCAACCUGUGGAAGGAGGGCAGACGGGCUGCGUGUAGAGAGAAGGAUGGACACAGCAGGUGACGUGAUCUGAAUGCUCCUCCUGGUUUUACUUGAUCAUUUUAAAAAGGUGUGUGUGCGUGUGUGUUCAGGUGAUCGGGGGGGAUGAAUGUAAAUGAGAGACAGCAGCAUUGUUUCCAGCUGGAGAAUCAGAAAGAUCCAGCUGUGACAACGUCGGACUGUGGACGUUUGUACAGUUUGACUCUUUGCUUUGACUUUUAGACGUGAAGUAAUUAAAGAGCUUUGAGAGUUCCUCUGUGAUUGAGUUGUAUAUUCUUCCAGGCUCAUGUUCACUUCGGGAUGUUUGUAUCAUUAAAGAAAAGAGACUGAUGUAAAAACACAUUCAGGUUGUUGUCUAGAAUAAAAGCUAAUAAUCU